AGCCGCUUGGAUCCCGAAGUGCAUGGCGGCGAAGGGCACUGAAUCGGCCGCUCAGCCAGUGCUGGGCAGGCAAAUGACAAUAGAUCUCGAGAGUGUGAAGGAGCUCACGCAGAGUCGAGCAUUUGAGCUGGGCAUUGGCUUCGUGAUUUGCUGCAACAUGGUGCUGGUGGUCAUCGAGACGGACGCAAACGCAGUGGGGGACUUGACUGUCGAGAUCCGCGUCGCAGGCCGGUGCUUCCUGGCAAUCUACUGCCUGGAAGCCGUGGUGAAAAUCUACGCGUUGCGCCUGGCAUACUUCUGUGAUGCCUGGAACCUCCUCGACUUCUCGCUGAUUUGCCUGGAUAUGGCGCUUACCUUCCUGGAGGUCUUCGGGAUGACGGACUGGAACACCUUCUCCAUCUCCGGCGCCCGGAUCUUCCGCCUCGCCAGGUUGGGGCGGGUCUUCCGGCUCGUCAAGCAGUUCUGGGAGCUGAAGAUGCUGCUGCUCAGCUUCGCCGCGGCGGUCAGGUCCAUCCUCUGGGGCAUGGGCAUGGUGCUGGCAAUGCUGGCCAUUUGGUCGAUCCUGGCGGUUCAGCUCAUCCACCCGGUGAACGUGGCAGUGUGGGAAGGUCGGGAGGAGGAGUGCGAGCGCUGCGCUCACGCCUUCCGAUCGGUUUGGGAGUCCCAUGUCACGCUCUUCCAGACGAUGAUUGUGGGAGAUGAGUGGGGCACAUAUGCCACCCCGAUCAUCGACAGGGAGCCGGUGGCCUUUGUGUACUUCCUUUGCGUGCUGGUGAGCGUGAACAUGGCGAUGCUCAACUUGAUCCUCGCGGUGAUUGUCGAAUGCGCGGAGAAAGCGAAAGAGAAGGACAUCCAGCAGCAGGCGAUAUUCCAGGAGCAGGAGAGGGCUAUGGGCAAGAGCAACCUCCUCAAGCUUUGCCGGGGCAUGGACAACGACGGCGACGGCACGAUCGACCUUGAGGAGCUGCGUGCGGGGUUCCAGGAAGACGAGAUCUUCGCCAGCUGCAUGAAGAUGAUGGGUGUCUUUGACGAGGACGUUGAACUGCUGUUCAAGAUCCUGGACACCAACGGCGAGGGCCAUGUGCCCUACAAGGACAUGGUGGACACGAUCUCGAAGCUCAAAAACCACUCCUCGCAUGUGGUCCUAAACGAGCUCUGUGGCUUGCGCGACAGCAUAGCAAACUCCAGUGUUGAUCAUUUCAACAGGAGCAUGGACGAGCGCUUCGACAGGAUGAUUAGAGAAAGCAAUCAGUACUUCGACCAGAUUCUGCACAGCAUGUCGGCCAGCACGAAGCUAUUGCGUCAGCUUUCAGGAUCUGUAGAUGAGGAGCCUCAAAGCGGUUGCAAGUGCCGUGCAGAAGCGCCGCGUUCGCCGCGUUCGCCGGGCUCCAAGACGGCAUUCCAGGCGCUUGCGGCGAGCGCAACCAAAGCCAAGGAGGUGGACAAAUCGCCACGGGGCGCGCCCCAAAAAACGCUGGUGUGCACGGAGAGUGAGACUGAUACGCUGUGCUUAUGACACGAGCAGUUUGCGUAAGCAUGGCCUGGUCUUGAAGCUAUGGGAGUGGUGAACCCCCGCGGUUUAGAGUGGAGUUGUUCAUCAUCCAAAUUGGGUUGCCACGACUUCAAUG